AUGGGGGCCUUCAAAGAAGCUGGGUGGGAAUGGGAUUUUAGGUGGAGAAGACCAUUGUUUGAUAAUGAAAUAGAGAUGGCGGUCUCAUUUUUGUCAGAUGUUACACAAAGUACAAUACAGGCUCACAAAGGAGAUCAAUGGGAGUGGAAGGCAGACCCGAGUGGGCAAUAUACGGUGAAAUCUGCUUAUUUAGUGCUGUGGGAGGAAUUAUCGGAACAACAGCAAGAUGGAGCAUUUGAGGAGCUGUGGAAACUCAAGCUGCCAUCAAAAUUUGUUAUAUUUGCAUGGCGGUUAAUUAGGGACCGAUUACCAACCAGGGUAAACUUGAACAGGAGACAGAUUCAGGUUGGAGAGUUAACAUGCCCUUUUUGCGGAGGUGAGGAGGAAAGUGCAGGCCACCUUUUCCUUCAGUGUGGUAAGAUAAUUUCAGUAUGGUGGGAGUCAUUGUCUUGGGUGGGUUUGUCGGGUGUCUUCCCAAACCACCCAAGGCAACACUUUAUCCAACACAUACAUGGAAUGGUAGAGGGAGUGAGGUCUAGCAAAUGGAAGAGGUGGUGGUUGGCAUUGACAUGGAGCAUUUGGCAGCAAAGAAAUAAUAUUAUAUUCUCAAAUGGGUCAUUUGAUGCUAACAGAAUCUUAGACAAUGCAGUCUUCUUAUUAUGGACGUGGCUCACAAAUUUGGAGAAGGAUUUCAACAUGCAUUUUAACUACUGGUCCUCAAACAUCAGAGCAGCAUUUCUCAAUAGAGGAGGAUAA